ACAAAUUUACCUGUUCACUUUUGAAAUUUGAAAAGCGCUCGAACCUCGAACUUCGAUCAAAACUUGCUACGCAGUUAUUUACAAAGUUUUAAAAGCAAAAAUGAUGUUAACAAUAUUUGGAUUACCACAAAAGAUUACCUACAAUAAUUUAAAAAAGAUAAUUCAUAAGGAAUGUUAUAUUAGUCAAUUUCUACUCGAUGACUUUUUACAAGACUUGGAUGGCAAGAAAAAAAUAAAGAUCUGUGUAGCUGAUGAUAUUGAGGCUAAUUUGGUGAAAAAAGGCCUGGAUGGAUACAAAAUAGAUAAAAAUAUUAUCUCUGUGGUUCCAGUAGCUCCAAAAAUAGAUACUGUUGAACAAAGCAGAGUUAAUACAAAAGAUACUGUCAUUCCUUGUAUUGAAAAGAUUGAUAACCAAGUGACAAAUUCUUUCAAAGCUGUUUUGAAAGUAAAAAAUUUUGCUACUGAAAAUAAACCUAAAAAGAAGAAGACUAAAAAACGUAAAAAAAACAAGAAAAAGCGUUUACAGUUAGCAAAACAAGCUACAAUGAUGGAUUCAAUUAAAACAGAAACACCCAUCUUAAUAGGGGAUUUGAUUGUCCAACAUCCGGUGAAAAUUGAAAAAGAUUUGAUAAGCAAUCAUGUACAGAUUAAACCAACAGUAAGCCAAACAGCUAGCACUGACCAGAUAAAAGAAGACACCCCUAGUAGCAGGAGUGUUCCUCUUAAACAGACUAUUAAGAGAAAAAAACAGUUGAAUAAAUCUGAUGAACUUGAGAUAGAUAUGACAGAGAAGAAACGGUUUAAAUUUGAUGUUUCCGCAAUUGAAUCUACAAAGGAAGAGUCAUGUGUUUGUGUGGUUAUAACAUGUGGUCUAACUGGUCACUUAAGCAAAGAUGUAGCAGACUUUGUUUUAGAUUCUAUUCGUAAUAAGUUGAUAGAGGAUUCUAAGAUCGAAACAAUACAUAUUCCAGUGUUUACAAAAAAUCCUAUUUACAUAGAUGGGACUGUUAAAUUGUUUUGUGAGGAUGAAAAUGCAUUUGAUUGGCUUGAACCAGUUGUAGUUAAUCCUGAUUUAAUGGGAGGUAUGCCAUUAAUUAUAAACAAGGUCAAUUUAAAAGGAAAGUUUUUAUGUGGGAUCGUAAUACCUGAUAGAGAAGACAUAUUGAAAAAUCCAUGUUUUAUAUUACACUUAUUGAGUAAACAAAAUCUUUGGAUUGAUGUGAACAGUUGGCAGUUUGUAGGAAGUGAACCGCGGUCAAAAAAUUAUUUUAUGAAAGUGUUAAUCCCUAAGGAUCAUUUGAAUAUAUUAGGUAGAAAAAAAAACAAAAUGGCAUAUUGUUUAGGUUCAGUGUAUGUGAAGUUUAUAGGACAAGCUAAUAGAUUAGCAAAAAGUUAAAGAUUUAUUAAUUUUUGUGAUUAAAUGUGAUAAAAUCUUAGUGAGAAAGAAGGUAUAAAGGCUUUAUCUCUGAUCUGGAGAUUAGGGAUGUAUUUUCCCUUGUUGCUGUUGAAAUUUAAAGUGAGUGUUUUAAAAUAUUUUUCUGUGUUCUAAAAACAUUUG